GUGUUGAAACUUAAAAGUAUUAAGUAUUAAUCGAAAUAUUUCGUUAGUUGAAUUUCUUGUUUCAAAGAAGACACAAAGAAUGCAGCAAAUAGCAAUUGAAGAGGAUCCUAAAAAUAAAUCAUCCAAAGGGUGUUUUAGUGCAGUAAAAGGCUACUGGAGAACAUUCACGGAAUAUUCUGGAGAAAGCACCAUUCAUUCGGUCAACUACAUUGGCAAACGAGACGCUCAUUGGGGUACGAGAUUAUUUUGGAUAUUUUGUUUUGUUGUCUCUUUGAGUGUAUGCAUUUAUUUGGGCACUCAAACGUAUAUCAGAUGGAAGAAUAAUCCCGUCAUUAUGGCUAUUGAUCAAGUUCAAACUCAUGUUUCGGAUAUUCCAUUUCCAGCAGUGACGUUGUGUGCUUCAAAUGAAAAAAUUGAUGAAGAAAAAUUCAACCUGCCUGAUAUAGUGCAACGUUAUGCUAACAAUGAGACUUUGACGCGACAAGAAGAAGCUAUGAUAAUGCUGCUUGAUGAUAUUAAAAAUGAAUGGACCAUUAAUGCCGUAGAUGACGAUUUAGAAAUUUAUGAUCCGAAAUACAAUUUAACCAGCAAGGAUUACAUAGACAAUCUUAACAAUAUAACUAGGGAAUUUAUAACUUCUUUGACAUAUAGGAAAGUCGAAAAAAAUGGAUCAGAAGUGUUUCGUCGAACAAUUUUUGAAGAGAAUCUUUGCUUCACUUACAAUAUGAUCGAAGACGAUGACAUGUUCACAGAAAAUAUCGCCAAAACUUUGAUAAAUCACGGCGAAUAUGAUUCUCAGUAUGUUCCGAAGAGUGGCGAAGAAUAUCUGCAGAGGGUCAAGUCAGCGAGAAUUACCCAAUCAAUCAACAUACGAAUUGCAUUGGAUAACACAGAUAAUUUAGCAAACAUGACAAGCAUUUUCAUGAUAAUCCACUCUCCUUAUAAUUAUCCAAAGUACUCCUUGGAUUACAUUCCAAUUAAGCUUGGUGCAAUAAAUAAAGUACUGAUUACCCCACAAAUUAUCCAAACAGAUGAAGAACUCAUAAAAUAUAAACCAAAAGUUCGUGAAUGCAUCUUUGGAUAUAAAACAAAAUUGGAAUUUUUCAAGAACUACACACAAUCAAAUUGUGAGUUGGAAUGCGAAACGCACUAUUUAUUACAAAAAUGUAGUUGCGUGUUAUUCCACAUGUUACAUAAUGAAAGCACGAGAAUUUGUCAGACAGAAGACGAAAUUGAUUGUGCAGAUAACGCAACUGAUCUUUUCCAUUAUACGGAAAGAAGGCUAAAAAGGUGCAAAUGCCUUCCACAUUGCAAUGAGAUCACUUACUCGAUGUCGAUGACUCAUUAUGAAGGAUUGGUUACACGUGAUGUUAGCUAUGACAGUUUGAUCAUCCUUGGCUACAGAACCGAUCGAUUUGUGGCAAUGAAACGUCAAGAAGUUUUUGGCUUAGUCGAAUUUCUAUCAAGCAUUGGCGGAUUUUUAGGGCUAUUGAUGGGAGGAUCGUUGCUGUCAUUGAUUGAAAUAUUUUAUUACUUCUUUAUGAGAAAAUGCUGCAAGGAAAAGGAUGAUGAUCAGGAGGAGACAAGAUUGGACAAUGUUGAAAAUGGAGCAGCAGAUAAUGGAGCAUUUAACAGAAAUUGAAUAGAUACUUUGCUUCGAGAAGAGAGAAAUUUAAUAAAUGUUUAGAUCCACAAUAGAAUGCAUGAAUAUUAAUUCAUCGAUUGACAUUGAAAACGCACAUGUGCUAUAUUCAAAAGUGUUACUACCACGUGCAAAUUAACGCUUUAAUUGUGAAUGCUUUUAAAAAUACAUUCAUAUUAAAGUUUUAGGUUUCUAAUUGUUUUCAUAAUGUUACCAAUUAAUUAAUUAAAUGUUCAUCAUUUUAUGUUGUCUCUUGAGAAUAUGUACAAAACAUAGUGAAUUACAAAAAUAGAAAUCUUUUAUUUUAAUUGGAUCUUAGCCAGAAACAAUCGAUGAAAGAGUAGAAAAGGAAAAAUUCAGUUCAAUAAAUGUUUAUAAAUUGUAAUAAGAUAAAAAAUCAACCCACUUAAAUACAAACAUUUGAAAACUAGAAAAAUUUAAAGCAAGUG